CUUCACUCCAUGGCCAAUGUGCAGCGAAUGUGUCAAGAGAGAGACCAGUCCGCAGUUCAUAGCGCUGUGUGAAGUGGCUUGGUGAGAACUCUAUUGUUGGUGCACAGAACAGAAUAGCGCUGUGUGAAGUGGCUUGGUGAGAACUCUAUUGUUGGUGCACAGAACAGAAUAGCGCUGUGUGAAGUGGCUUGGUGAGAACUCUAUUGUUGGUGCACAGAACAGAAUAGCGCUGUGUGAAGUGGCUUGGUGAGAACUCUAUUGUUGGUGCACAGAACAGAAUAGCGCUGUGUGAAGUGGCUUGGUGAGAACUCUAUUGUUGGUGCACAGAACAGAAUAGCGCUGUGUGAAGUGGCUUGGUGAGAACUCUAUUGUUGGUGCACAGAACAGUCCGAAUAAAGUGAUGUAUCUGAGUGUCCAAGCGAGAAGAGCGGAGAGCAACAUGGGAGACGAGCAGUUACCCCAGCUGGUGUCCGUUGCUCGAAUUAUCAAGUUGCCCAUUGUUGAGACGGGCUGCCAUCUGGCGGCUGACGUCUAUACCAGGAUCAAGAAAUCCAACUCGCUGGUGAGCUGGGGGUUGAACACAGCUGAGGCCUCUCUGCAGGUGGCCCUCGAAACCACUUUGCCAGCAGUGACUGUGUUGGAGAGACCUAUAACACUUCUUGAUUCCUUGUUAUGUAGGGGCCUCGACGUUGUCGAGGGAAGAGUCCCAUUGGUCACUCUGCCACCUGGACAGAUAUACGAGAACACAAAGGAAUAUGUGAGUAGUGUUGUCGUGCUGCCCGUCCUGCGAAGGGCUGACACAGUGAAGCAGUUCGGACUGAGUCAGGCUACAUCUGCAAUCCUCAGGCUCGAUAAUGUUAUUGCAGUGGCCGACAAAUAUGUGGACCAGUAUUUGCCAGGCACCGCACCUGAUGGAAAUCAAGAAGUGAACAGUUUCCUUAUGAACAUUAAGGGGGUGCAGACGAUUCAACGAGCCGAUCGCUUCUCACGGAAGCUGAGGCAUCGCCUGACCGAAUACACAGUGGCCGAGCUGAAGGUGCUUAGACAGUAUAGUGAGGACGCCCUACGUCUCGUGCUCUACACAGGGGAACUGCUGGCGAAGGACCCCAAAGCGCUUAAAGAAAAGCUAGCGGCACUUUGGGAGGACCUCAGCAAAGAUGAACCGGUGAAGCAGGAGAGGCCCGCCAACCUGGAGCAGCUGACAGUGAUGGUGACAAAGGAGUUGGCCCGCCGCGUCGUCCAUAUUGUCAAUUACUCGCGAGGAGGCAUCGCUGCCUUGUCUCCUAUCAUCUCGCAGUCACUUCGCGUCACCGCUGUCUAUUGUACUCUACUGGCUGACUUCGUUGUCAAGACAACAAAUCUUGACGGAGCGAAGGAGACUGUCAUUGCCAGGGCCAGGAUCCAGCUCAUCAAACUGCAAGAUAUCCUCAAGGAUGUCAAUACCUUUACAUCGCAGCUGCUGGAGAGGAUUGCGCUACAAAUUGCAAAGAAGCAUGAGGAUACCAAGAGAGUUGCACAUAACACUCACAACAACGGACAGCAUUCUGGGUCGAACAAUUUGAACGCUGUUGACUAAAUUUAUCACAACAUCCUAAUUUCAUUUAAAUUGUAAACUGGAGUAAUUUACAAUAAUAUUGCUAUCCUUUGAACAGUUUUAUAAAUAAUGUUAAAAUAGAUAUAAUAAUAUUACAGUGCAGUAGAUAAACAAAAUAGCCAGAUUAGUGGAGUAAGUUAAGAGGAUUAGUGAUUUUUUUAAUAAAUAUUUACCCAAAUGAUUCGUUAUUCAAAUGGCACUGAACAUGGCUGCUUAGAAAUGCAGAUUUAAGAAGGGAGCUGCCUAGGCAUUGUUAUUGCAAUCACCAACACUAUCAGAAUUUCAGCAAUCAAAAUAACAUCCAUUACCAGUACUCUGAAAUCACUACAAUCACAGUAAUUACCACAAUCACGACUGUCAUCGUCAUCAUCAUCAUCAUCAUCAUCAUCAUUAGCAGCAGCACCGCCACUACAAUAUCAGUCGCUAGUUCUGAAAUCACAUAACACCACCAUCACAACAUUAUCAUAAAUGUCAAAGUCACACCAUUGUAAUCACUAUCAUCAACUUCAUAAAAAUUACUACCAUUGCUACGCAGCCAAAAUCACAAUUUUCAUUCCCACAACUAUCGUCAUCAACAUCAUCAUCAUCAUCAUCAUCAUGUAUGUUUCAUCCCUGUUGCUCUUUUAUGACCUCAUCUUGCAUCCUCCUUGUUCCCGUUGGUAUAUCCUCCCGUAGUCUUGUCCUAUAAAUGCUGCGCAUUUAUCCUGGAAUCUUCAUUGAAUAAUCUGAUUUGUUCUACAUGUCUGAAUUAAUUAAAUAUAUUAGUUCAUUUGAAAAUGCCAAAUUUAAUGGCUCACAGCUCUUAGAUCUAUGUCUGAAAUUAGUAAUUAUAUUACAUGGGUUUCUAAGAUUAUCCAAAAACUUAUUUCUGCAUUCCUGAUUUAUUCAUACAAUUGUCUCAUAUUUAGAAAAGAAUAUCCUUUUUGUUCUUUAAUUGAUAAUUAUUGCUAUAUUUCUGUCACAAACAUUUUAAUUUGCAGGCGUGAACAACACUUAAUUUCCAAAGCUUUGGUAACCGUUAGAUGUAUGAAUGUGAGACAUUUUCUUGGAGGAACAAACUGAAUUUCAAUAUUUUACUUAUUGUCAGCUGUGUCUGGCCCUGUGUGUUAACUACAAUAAAAAUGUAGUUGUAUGGGAUUAACAUUUUUAUUUACUGAAAUGUUUUAUUGUCAGGUUAAUCAGCUAACAUACCAAGUUGCACAAGUCUUAUUUACAAUAAAAUAUAUAUGUUAACCAAAUUUAUGAUGACAUUCUGAUUGAAGUUAAUUUAGUAUAAUUUAUGGUGUCAUUAAUUCUCUGUAACUGUAUCACACAUAAUUAUAUUUUAUAGUAAACUGUUAAAACAUACUCAUGUAAAGGCCUAUAUCAUUGUGUUGUUAAAUAAAUAGUUUAUUUAGGUG